GGCUGGCGGCGGCGGCGGUUGGGUGUGUUGCCCUCCGACGUGGCCUCACUGCUGCUGUGGGCGGUGCGCACCGGCACGGCACCGGAGCCGGCGAAGAUGCAGUCGCUGCUGGUCCUGCUGCAGCCGCACCUGCGGGUGCUGCGGCGGGCGCACCUGCUGCGGCUGCUGCUGGCGCUGGCGGAGGGGGGCGUGCGGCCGGAGGCGGGCUUCAUGCGCCACAUGGUGGAGUGCAUGGAGCCCAAGCUGCCGCUGCUGGGCGCUGAGAACCUGACUCAGCUGCUGCUGGCGCUGCGGGGGCUGGGGUACGUGCCGCCGCAGGACUGGAUACUGGCGUACAUACAGGCCUCCCGCGCCCAGCUGCACUACUACGCGCCCGCCCACGUCACCGCCACACUCGAGGUGUUUUCCAGCUGGCAGCUGCGCCCGCCGCGUCCCUACCUGCGAGCGCUGUUGGCGCUGGCGGACGGGCUGAUGACCAAGUACUCACACAAGGGGCUGGCAUCGCUGCUCCACUGCCUGGGCUCGCUGGGCGUGCGGCCGCAGCGGCGCUGGCUGGUGCAGGCGCUGAGCCGACUGGCGGAGGCGGCGGAGGCAGCAGCGGGGGGUGGGGGGCAGGGGCAGGGCGGCAGCCGGCUGGAAGGGAUCCAGGAGGUGCAGGCGGAGGCGGGUGCCCUCCACUCGCACUCGCACUCGCAGUCGCACUCGCACUCGCAGUCGCGGCGCUCCUCGCAGCGGCAGCAGCGGCGGGCGGUGGCGGCCUGGUCGCUGGUGGUGGCUCUGUGCAGCCUGCGGGGGGUGGUGGAGCUGGAGGGGGCGGGGGAGCGGGAGCGGGAGGGGGAGUGGCAGGGGGGAGCCUCCUGGCAGGGCGGGCGAGAGGAGCAGCGAGGCGGGGUGCGGGUGCCACAGGUGCCACAGGGGCCACAACCCUCAGCACCACCACUACCGGAACAGCAUGCAGUUGGGGCGGCUGACUGGUCGGAUGCUGCGCUGCACACGGCAGCGGCAGCAAGCAGCAGCCAAGCAGCCGCUCCCUCAACAACACCAUCACCGGCUGCUCCUCCUCCGCUUCUGCCGCGGCCGAGCUCCCUGGCUUCCUCCUCCUCCUGCCCGCCCGCCCCCCGCCCCGUGCUGCUGCCGUACGCGCUGUGGUCCCCCGUGAAGCGGCUGAGCGAGGUGCUGGUGGCGCGGGGGCUGCUGGGGGAGCUGAGCGGGAGGCAGCUGGACAGGCUCAUUCACGCCCUGGACCGGCUCAACUUCUACCCAGGGCGGGAGUUCCUGGCUGCGCACGCGGCCGCCACUGCGGCGGUGGGCGCGCAGUUGCUGCCGGAGCGCAAGGCGGCGGUGGCGGGCUGCUACGGGCGGCUGGCGGCGCUGGUGCCGGCCAUGGCGGAGGAGGCGCGGAGGCAGGCGCUGGCGCGACAGGCGCGGCAGGCGGUGAUGCUGGCGGAGGGAGCGGGGGAUGCGUGGGAGAAGUGAGAGAGAUGGGGAGUGGGCCGAGGAGUGGGAGAGGAUAAGGGGGAGGAGAGAGUUUGAACGGAGAAGUGGAAGAUGUGUGUGAAGUAGUGUGAGUGGGAGGGGGCCGCGUUUUUUCCCAUUUAUGCGGUGAAAUUUUGAAAGUGGUGGGUGAGCGUUGUUUUCGGCGAGGAGAGCAGAGCUGACUAGCGGUGGUAUGACUGAAGAGCUUGAUUGGAGUAAGGAUCCAAGUUUGAGUACAUGUCUUGGUUGCUUGGUUAGUAGGAUUGUAGACAUAUGUUCUCCCAAAUGCGCUAGCUCUGUGCUAGAACCUGCGUAGUUCUCAGAGGCUUCCUUUGGUUCAGGCAAGGCUUGCAGUCUGUAGGACCCUCCAUAACCGUAUUAACUGUUAAACGGUAAUAGAAAGACGGCAGCGUAUUUGUUGAAAGCGGCUGGCAGAGACAUUGCAAGGGAAGAAACGCCAUGUCAGCGAAUUAUUAUCUUUUUUGGACCGCAAACAGCAUUUGAGGCAAAAGCUUUGCAAACUAAGUGAAUCA